GUCUGAUGUUUGUGUUGUUUUCUGCUCGUCCUCAGACUGCAGCGAUGCGCUUCAUCCGAGUCUGUUUUUAUUUCCUAAACUCAUCGAUCACAAUAUUAUCGUGAUUUAUCCAUCAAUAUCUGCUUUUGCUCAUCGAUGGUCGUAAAAUGGCGAGCUCUUUCUCCAGACCUUCAGCUCAAGGAGGCACAGAGACGGAGCGUCUGCUGGCCCCUGUGAUGGGAUACGGCUCCGGCGAUCUGAACAGUGGGUGUCACGGCAGCCCUCCCGCCCUGGACGUGAGCAUGCCGGGCUCACGGCCGCGGGCCGAGGAAGCGGAGGAGGCCCUGAGGAGGAAGCUGAAGUACUUCUUCAUGAGCCCGUGUGAUAAAUACCACGCCAAAGGCCGCAAACCCUUCAAACUGGCCCUUCAGCUGCUCAAGAUCAUCAUAGUCACUGUACAGCUGGUGCUGUUCGGUCUCAGUAAUCAGAUGGUGGUGGCGUUUAAGGAGGAGAACACAGACUCCUUCAGGCAUCUGUUCCUCAGAGACUAUGUGGAUGAUUCGGAGGAGCCGCUGUGUGUCCACACGCAGAGAGACGUCUAUGAUCACAUUAAAUAUGCCAUAGAGCAGUAUCUGGUUCUGCCGCAGACGUCGGUCGGCAGGUACGCAUACGUUCAAGGUUCAGCUCUGAACGACAGCGCCCUCUAUCUGUGCCAGCGCUACUACAGGAAGGGCACCAUCGACCCGGUUAACGACACGUUUGACAUCGACCCUCAUGUCGUCACUGACUGUAUCGGAGUGAAUCCACCACCAGACCCCUCGAAUCCACUGCAAAACCACUACAAGAACAUCACCCUCAAUUUCCAAAAGUUGAUUAAUGUGACUAUCCAGUUUCAGCUGAAGGCGAUAAACAUCCAGACGAUUAUCAAUAACGAGAUUCCCGACUGCUACACCUUCUCCAUCACCAUCCUGUUUGAUAAUAAGGCUCACAGUGGUAAAGUGAAGCUGAGUUUGCUCAACGAGGCGUCCAUUAAAGAGUGCAGAGACACCAAUGUGUCGGGACACGGAGACAGUUACGCGCGCGUGGCGUUCGAUGUGUUGGUGGCGGUGGUCUGCGGUCUGUCUCUGGUGUUGUGCGGACGCUCCAUCCUCAGAGGAAUCAUCCUGCAGCACGAGUUUGUGUGUUAUUUCCGUCAGUCUCUGGGCCGGUCGGUGAGUUGGGGCGACCGUCUGGAGUUCAUCAACGGCUGGUAUCUGCUGCUCAUCAUCAGCGAUAUACUCACCAUCAUCGCCUCCUUCAUCAAGAUCGCCAUCGAGACCAAGAACCUGUCGUCGUAUGACGUCUGCAGUAUUUUGAUGGGAACCUCCACCCUGCUGGUGUGGGUCGGCGUGAUACGAUACUUCAGCUUCUUUCAGAAAUACAACAUUCUGAUUGUGACUCUACGAGCCGCGUUUCCAAACGUGAUCCGGUUCUGCUGCUGCGUUGCUGCCAUUUACAUGGGCUACUGCUUCUGUGGCUGGAUCGUCCUGGGACCCUACCACUCUAAAUUCCGCUCUCUCUCUACGGUGUCAGAGUGUCUGUUUUCUCUCAUUAAUGGAGACGACAUGUUUGCCACGUUCUCAGAGCUGGAGCAGAGCGGGACGCUGGUGUGGGUGUUCAGUCAGCUCUAUCUCUACACCUUCAUCUCGCUCUUCAUCUACAUGGUGCUGUCGCUCUUCAUCGCGCUCAUCACCGGAGCCUACGACACCAUCACUCAACAAACCCAGGACGUGCCGCAGGUGUCCGAACUGCACCGGUUCAUCGCCGAAUGCGCCGACACGCCGACCUCCGGAAACUUCCGCAGCCCAGAGCCGUCCACAUGCUCGCUCUUCUGCUGCUUCGACUAGAGAGACUGUGCUUGUGAAGGGGAUUCUGGGUAACACUUCAUUACUCUCACACACAGGAAAGGAGGGAACACGCUCUUCUUUGUUUGUUUGUUUACAGGUUGUAGCUGCACUAAUAGAGCAUCUCAGCAUGCAGCUUUUAAAUGCGUUAUAAUUAAUGAGCUGAAUGUGUUUUGCGUAUUUAUGAGCAUCUCGGCUUUUGUGAUUAGGACUUGAUGCACUAGACCAGCUAAAGGGAACUGCGCCCUCUAGAGGCCUGGAGGAGUUACAGCACAAAAAUUAACACAUAAACACAAACUGAAACAGAUAAACAACAUAAUAUUUCAGGUGAAUCUCAAGACCAAAUGUCCAGGUCACAUUUCACCCGAAAGCAAACAAUAAGAAAUUAUAUUUUGCUUAAAGAAAACAAAGCCUUUUUAAGACCAUUAUGAUGUUUUGCAUUUUAUUUUAGGUUGAAAUAUGACCUGCACAUUUUAGUGAGUUACAGCACACAAACACAAAUGAAGACACACUUUUCCAACAUCAUAGUGCAGGUGCUUUGGUGAAUCUCACAACAAAAUGUCCAGGUCACAUUUCACCCUAAAAUUGAAAGCAAAAAAUUUAUUUUGCUUAAAGAAAGUUAAUCCUGUUUUAGGACAUUUGUGGCGUUUUGCUUUGUGAGAUUAUUUUCACAAUUAAAAUUAAUUAAUUUCUUAUUUUUUUGGAAAUGUGACAUGCACAUUUUCUUGACAGUUUUUGUGAGAGUGGUCUGAUUAUUUUUAUUCCGUUCACAGCUGUGUAUUUUAUGAUUUUAGGCUUUUUCUCAUUUUUAGAGAAUCUUUUUAAUUUACGGUUUUCUGUGUAUAUAUUACAUAUUCCUUACGUUUCAUAUGCACGUUAGGAUAUUAGUGCUUUGUCGGCAGAGGAGUGUCAUUUGGAUGAUAAUGUCACUUUUUCUUCUCUAGUCAGGAAGCAUAGCUUGCAGGUUUAUUUUGUCAUUAAUAUUAAUGUGGACGGUGUAUCGUACCUGUCCCUGGUGCAUUUGCUCCUUUCAAAGCCGUCACACACACAGACACACACACACAGACACACACACAAACAGACACACACAGACACACACACAGACAGACACACACACACACACGCACAGAUGUUUGAGAAGCCUUGGGCAUCUUGAGAGCUUUUCUCUGCAUUGACACACAGGUCAGUCCAUCAGGGAGUUACUCGACUGACACAGAGAUGCUUUGAUUGUUUUCUGUGUUUUUGGUCGAUGGCAAGCUAAUAUCUGUCUAUUAAUGUUUAGCUCGAUUAAUUACUAGUUAUUAGCUCGGUUAAUUCCUAGAAACCAUAAACAUGAGGGACCGAACACCAGCUGAAUGCAGGACUGAAUGGGAACGUUUCCAAUGCAUCAUUCUGAUUACUGUGUGUUAUUUAUGAGCUCUCGGUGUAUUAUAUUUAUGAUGUUAGUCAUGGACUUUCAGCUUGUGGCAGUUUAAUAUCAUUUCCGUUCAUGUGUGAUUUCAUCUAGUGCUCUGAAACUGAGAGAAUCUGAUUAGAUUUGUUGUUUUGUGGUGAGGAGGACAGCGGCUUUGCUUUUAUGUAAUUGUUUCUUACCCAGAAUGCCUUUUUGGUGUAGUUUCAUGACAUACAUUGUUUACUGCUGUUAUUUUGGGGACGUUUUAAUGAGAUGUGUGAUUUUAAAGUACUUGAAAUGCUGUUUUAUUUUAAUAUUUAAAUUUAUUGUGUCUAACUGUAAGCUGAGAUGCAUUUGGUUUGUAUGUUGCAUUCAUUUUUUUUUAACAAAGAGAAUAUUUGUUUUUUUACAAUGCACAAUUUUGCACUUUUUUUAAGUUGGUAAUUUAUUUGGAGAGACUAUUCUGAAUGUGUAUUUGUGGUUUUGUAUACGAGUUACUCUCCGUUAAAAUGGUUGAUAUGAACGCUCUUCAUUAUCAUCAUAAAUACCGACACAUUUUAACACAAAUCACAGCUCUUAAAGUCACAAAUAAAAUACAUCUGUGAAUGUC